AUUGCGCUUAUGUUUCAAUCUUCUCUCAGGGAAAAGCACACUGGAGUGCUCUCUAAGCACAGAAUUGCACUCUAGGGGGAAGCUUUCCUAUGUUCUUGAUGGAGAUAACCUUUGCCAUGGACUGAACAAAGGUGCUGGUUUUAUAUGCACUGCUAGUCUGAUAUCACCAUACAGAAAGGACUGGGAUGUUUGCAGUGCGAUGUUGGCAGAUGCUAAUUUCACAGUUUUCAUGAACAUGCAUCUGUCAUUGUGUGAGUCCAGAGAUGCUAAAGGCCUCUACAAGCUUGCACUAGCCGAAAAGAUUAAAGGAUUUACUGGCACAGAUGAUCCUUAUGAACUACCUUUGAAUUGCGAGAUAGAAAUAAAAGAGAAAGAUGGAGCCUGCCCCACAGCAUCUGCCAUGGCUGGACAAGUAGUGUCCUACUUGGAGGACAAAGGACUUGCGCAGGAUCAGUGAUUAAGUCCGCUAACUUUGAGCUAUCAUAAUCAUAACCUCUUCGGACAAAUCAUUUUGUUUGGGGUUCAUAUCCUGUCCACUUCAACACCUUCUGGCUAAGGGUGUCACCAGGUUCUUUGAAGAGACACAAAACAAUGCGCAGCAGAGAAGAAAAGAAAAGUUGUAAAACAGUGUGCAGCAAUUAAGAUGAAACGGUGUGCAACGGCAGGAAGCAAGUUUGUUAAUCUAUUGUAACAAAUAGCUCAGUAGAUAGAUCCAGUAGCUGAGCUAUCUCCAUGUGUAUAUAUAUCCCCUGUCAUUUAAUGAAAUUAUCAGAAGUGAUUUUUGAAA